AUGGACGAAGAAAUCGAGCAUAAAGAUAACAAAAUUAAUGUAUUGGAACAAGAAUUAAAAGAUGUAAAUAGUUAUGAUGAAGAAAAAAUAAACGCAUUACUGAAUAAACAUCCUGUUAUUAUGUAUAACAAUAAAGAACGAGCAAAAAGAAUGUCAGAGAAUGUAUCCUGCAUAGUAUCUUCAGCGGAAAGCUCACUUGUCCCUGAAGAUGUCCAUCAUCCAAGCUUGUUAAUAGAAAUUUUGAUAGAAACUGAAUCCAAAGUAAAACUAUUAGGAAAUCAGAGCUGUACUAAAUACAAUUUUCGUAAGGCUAAUUUUCAAGAGUUGUAUAACGCUUUUUGUUCUCUGGACUGGAGUUAUCUUGAAAAAAUACGAGAUGUAGAAAUUGCUGUGGAUGGGUUCUAUGAUAAAAUAUACCAACUUUUUGAUAAUUACGUUCCCAAAUGUCCCAUUACAACUUCUAAAUUUCCAAUAUGGUUUACGAGAGAUAUUAUUGUUUGUAUUAGAGAAAAACAACGUUAUUUAAAAUUAUAUAAGAAAUUCAAAUUUGCCCUAUACAAAGAUAAAGUCUCCAAUCUUAGGAAAAUUAUUAGAAAAAAAACACGUGAAGAAUAUCAGAAAUUUUUAAAGGUUGCAGAAGACACCAUACAAACAGAUCCUAAAAAUUUAUGGAAGUUUAUUGAUAAUAAAAGAAAUGCUAGUAGAAUUCCAGGAAAUAUGACAUAUGAAGAUGAGUCUUUAAUAUCAGCUGAAGAUAUAGUGAAUGGAUUUGCUAGACAUUUCAGGAAUGUUUACCAUCGUGAUAGCAAAUGUGUCUGUGAUGUAAAUUGUGAUGAAUGGACUUUCUGUGAUAUUUGUAAAAUGAAAACGUCCAAUUGUGUUCUAAUUAACUGUGAUAAAACCAACUGUGAUAUAUUUAGUAAUGCUCAAAAUGUGCUACAUAAUUUCAAAAUCACCUGCGACGAUAUCUACGCUGUUGGAAGAAAACUAAAAAAUACGCAUACUAUGGGACCCGAUAACAUACCAUCCUUCCUGGUGCGGGAUUGUUUACCCUGUUUCGUACGACCUCUAUUAUAUAUUUUUAAUUUAAUAAUAAAUACGGCGCAUUUUCCCAAAAAAUGGAAAUUUUCGAGGGUAUGUUCAGUUUUCAAAUCAGGAUCUAAGAAUGAUGUAAGCAAUUAUAGACCCAUAAAUUUGCUGAACAACUUUGCUAAAUUGUUUGAGGGAGUGAUAGCUAAAGUUAUAUUUAGUCAUGUAUCGGGGAUGAUAGCACAGCAGCAGCAUGGAUUUGUAAAAGGUCGAUCAACGGUGACCAACCUAUGUGAAUUUGUGCAGUAUGUUUCGAAUGCUCUUGACAAUAAAAAACAGGUGGAUGUUAUAUAUACCGAUCUAAGUAAGGCGUUUGAUCGAGUAGAUCACUGUGUGACACAAGGGUCGAAUUUGGGGCCUUUGCUAUUUCUAAUGUUUGUUAAUGAUAUCGUCAAAGUGUUGAAGUCUGGAGAAUUCCAGUCUAGUAAAUUUACUGAAUUACUGCCGAUUUUGUCUCACAGAGGUCACACGUUUCUUCUAAUAGAGAAAUAUGACUUUAAAUUCGUCAAAGUAGACGCAAAAAUGACCCACCUUUCUCCUUGA